AUGCUCGCACCACUCGGUCUCAUCGUUGCAUUUGCAACCGUUCUCCCUACCGCUAUGGGACACUAUACCUUUCCCAAUCUUCUUUACAAGGGCGCAAAGUUUCCUGAUUACACUUACAUCCGCCGCACUUUUAACCACAUCUCUCACUUCCCUCUCUUUGACCUGAAUUCUACCACUCUUCGCUGCUUCGAAGAUGAGAAUAUUCCAGACCCUGGUACUCUCACUGUCAAAGCCGGUGAUACCGUCGGUUUCACCGUCGACGGAAGAAUCAUUCACGAAGGUCCACUCGUUUGGUAUAUGGCUCGUGCUCCAACCGGUAAAACCGCUAGUACUAUGGAUGGCAGCGGGCCCAUUUGGUUCAAAAUCAACCAAACCACCCCUUAUAUCGGAACCACCCCGGCCCCAAUCGAGACCUUCAAGUGGCCACACUACAACGCAAGCGAAGUUCACAUCCAGGUCCCCAAGUGCAUCCCAUCUGGCGAAUACCUCCUCCGUGUUGAACACAUUGCCAUCCAUAUCGCUUUCAUGGAGGGCCAACACGAGUUCUUUGGUGCAUGCGCACAAUUGAGGGUUACCAACGGACUCGGGACCGGUGCUCCAUGGCCUUUUGCCCAAUUCCCAGGUGCUUACAGAACUGAUGAGCCUGGCUUGUUUUUGAAUGUUCACGACAACUGGGUUCAACCCGACCGUUAUGAAGUCCCAGGACCACCAGUCUGGACUUGUUAG